CAUGGACCUGACUGAUGUGUACUGAACAGUGAAGUAAAAUCUAGAAUCUUCUUGACAAAGGCAGCUUAUUUAGCAUAUUUAGGCGUCAAUUAGAGCUAGUGAUUUCGCGAAUUCGCCCUUUCGUUGGUGAAGCUCGCAGUGACUUUUUUUUUGGAAAUAAUUCUCCGAUCUGUUCCUUAAGAAAGUGGCAGUUGACAAUUUAGGUUCAGUGACCGAAAACGAAAACCUUUCGACAUUAACAUGUCCAUUUUCCGAGCCUUGACGGGAGGAGAUUUCGAUGAUGAUCCAGCUGUAGCAUUGCAAAGAUUUGCAAUGGGCUCAAUGUUUCCGGACCCCUUUGGAAUGAUGGGACCCCCAGCCCUUGCAGGCCCUCGCCAACAACCGAGAGGUCCUUUUCACGACAUGCAAAUGAUGCCUUUUGGAUUUCCUUCCUUUGGAUUUCCAAUGCCCCCUAUGAAUCCCAACAUGAUGCUUUCCAAUUUUGGAAUGCAGGGAAACGGAAACUGUCAUUCGUUUGCGAGCACUUCUGUGAUGACGAUGACUAAUGGCCCCGAUGGAAGACCGCAAGUUUAUCAAGAAUCCACAUCGACCAGAGUGGCUCCUGGCGGAGUGAAGGAAACUAAAAAGACCGUCUGUGAUUCUCGCACUGGGACGAAACAGAUGGCAAUUGGUCAUCAUAUCGGAGAAAGAGCUCACAUUCUUGAACGUAAACAGGAUUUACGCAGUGGCGAGGAAGAAGAGAAUCAGGAGUUCAUUAAUCUUGAAGAAGAGGAAGCUGAAACAUUUAAUAAGGAAUGGGAAAAUCGCACACGACGCUCAAUGGGUGCAAUUGGAGGACCAUCUGGUUCUUCUCACCGACGACGUCCCGAGCAAAGGCAUUUAGCUCUACCCAGUCCUUCUUCCAGUAGUCGACAGUCUAGUCAUUCAAGAUGGGUACCUUCUCCAAGAAGAGCGAUAAGAGCAUUAACGUCCCGGCCCGAAGACCAAACCAAUAAAAAAUCUUCCCCCUCCACUUCCCCAGCAGGGAGAAAACGCGAACACACUCCAGAAGCUGAAGUCAGCCACAAGCGACACGUUGCACAAAAUAGUGAUGAUUAAGAAUGUCUAAUGGUUACAGAGGGAUGGGUCUCAAGUAAUUAAGAAUUCUCGUUAAUCAUAAUCAAACUAUUGAUCAAAAUCUGCGAUUUAGCCUUGUCUAUUUUGUUUCACGAAGUUGAUUAUUCUUUUUAGUUUUUCUUUUACGACACUCAGGUGUCUCAUUUUUAUAUUUUAUUUCGAAACGGUUAGCAGAUUUUUUUCUUAGUAGAAGUACAAAUGAGAAAAGUAUUUUAUAUUUUUUUCCGUGCAUUAUUGUUCAUUUAGAGAACGCGGUUUGCUAUAAAAAAAGCUAAGGCUGUGGAAGUAUGGACAGAGUUAAUUUGAUUGCCGUCUACCUGUUUGCUGCAUCCCCACUACUAAACUUCCCAUCACGCAGCUCAAGGUCAGCGGAGAAGCCUCAGAUGCACGAGGGGUGUUUGGUAGUGGAGGUAGAGCAAACAGGUAGACGGCGCUCAAAUGGGCAUCGCUCGGAAGUUUCUUGAAGAUAUCUUGGAAAAAUUGAGAAGAUACAAGAUUUACUUGUGAAAUUUUAAUAAUUUGCUGAAAGGAGACGUCCUUAGUUGACUGAUAGUAUCUAACCCAUCCCUGGUAUAAUUAUAAGCUGUAGCUACAUAUAAGCCAGCUUUAGAGAUAUUAUCGCAAUAGUACAUAAAUUAUUUUGAUUAGUGCGUAAGGAAAUGGAAAUAUCUGUGGCGUGUAAUGUGAAUUCAUAAAUUACAUCAGUAAGAUGAUGAAAUUGCAUUGAGGUUAAAUGCGAGAAAAUCUCGAGGAUGAUUACCAAUGACUGUCCAGUUGUAACUGAUUAUGUGUUAUUUGCGCUUUACACUUUUCGUUCACCAUGAACUGAAAAUGGUCACUCGUGAAUGACCCUUUCAAUCUUGUUUUCAUAAAACAUUCGAAAUCUAAUGUUCGUUUCUUCGUGUAAUUUUAUCGAUAAAUGAUAUAAUAAAUUUACCUAGACGUA